ACCUGAAUAUUUUCUUUCUUCAAAAUCUUUUGAUAAUCACGGUGCAAUUUGCAACGUGUUCCAACAUAUUUCAGUGAUCGGCAAAGCAACACGCAAACAUUUCUUCGCUGUUUCCAGACGGAUUGCAAAUGAAAAUCAUUACAAGAAGUGGUGCCCAAUUUCAUCUUGUAGAGAAUAAGCAGGCACGGCUGCUGCCCCCUCGACGGGCUUCCCUUCUCAGUUGAACACGACAUCCAAAAUAUACAGUUGGCCAUUACAAUGCCCUGAGAAAACGACGUGACACUUCGGCGUAGUGGACGCAGAGCAGGCUCGUGCGCUCGGCGGUUGAAUGGCCUCCAGUGUGCUUUUGUUCCUGGCCUGUGUCACUGCCACGGCGCCGAAUCCAACGGGGAGGACUCGGGGCGCGAAUUGUGGCCGGGAAAAGGGACGCCAUUUGAAACUGUGCAGAACCUUGACUUGGUUCUUCCAUUGUGUAACGCGAAGUCGUCCGAACUGUGCUGGAAACCACACGAGCGCAGGAAGAGCAUGCAAACUCAAACCUGCGACUUCUAGUCCGCCUUGCCGCGACUUAUUUAGAUUUAUAUCUACUUGUUCUGAUGAGAUGCGUUAAUGAUCGUUUUUACACAAUCUUCAAGUUCCUGUUUGUCGGCUAGCUUCUGGCGCGUCAUGGUUCCCAUGGCAACGUAUAGACGCCCAACAACUUUUCAACACUGACACUUUUUUUUAUUUUGCCCCGACCACUCGCUGUCUCCACAGAACGCAGAAGGUGAUUCCGGGCAACCAUGGUAAGCCUGACAACAGACCUCAUAGCCAAGUCCAGGAACUUCAAGAAAAAGAAAGGCCUCUCUCUCCAGUACAACCUCGGGACGCUUACUCACCUCCACUUUUCCGGGCACGACAUCGAGGACAUUGGUGACCUCUCCGCAUGCCACAACCUGACCGUCCUCUACCUGUACAACAACCGCAUCAAGCGCAUCCAGAACCUGGACUUUGCUUGUAACCUGACCCAUCUGUACCUGCAGAACAACAACAUCACACAUAUUGACAACUUGGCCCAUCUUCGCAAACUCUCCAAACUCUACCUGGGUGGUAACAGGAUCUCGCUUCUGGAGGGUUUGGAGGGCCUGGGGGAGCUGGAGGAGCUGCACAUGGAGAGCCAGAGGCUGCCCCCCGGGGAGAAGCUGCAGUUCGACCCCAGGACCCUGCGCUCCCUGGCUAAAUCCAUGCGCAUCUUCAACAUCAACAACAACAACAUCAACAAAAUCGCCGAGCUGGCCGCACUGUGGGAAAUCUGCAUUUUCUCUGCCGCCGACAACAAGCUGCAGGACGUGGAGGAGCUCGAAGACGUGACAGGGUCCUGGCCUUGGCUGGUUCAAAUGGAUUUGCGCGGAAAUCCUGUGUGCAAAACCGCCAAGUACAGAGACCGACUGAUCACAGCGUGUAAGGCACUCGAGGUGCUGGAUGGCCGCGACAUUCAGGAGGUGACUAGAGAAUUUUUGGUCAAAUGGGAAGCCUCCAAAGAAGCCAAGAAGAAGAAGAAGAAGGACGAGGAACUGUUGAAAACACUUGCAAUGAUGAAUAACGUUGGUGUGGGUCAGACGGGUGCGUACCCGCCUCACGUGUGCUGCCACGCUCGUGCGCGAGGCUGGUCGGCGCAGCAGCAGCCUCACAGGGUUCAGCAGUUAAAAAGCUCCUUGUGCAAACAACUCAACCGAACGGCGGUCACGUCCGACGCAAAUAAAAAAAUCACCCCAUAGAUUUGCUAGCUGUUCCAAAAUGUGAUUCAUUAGAUUUUUACUCAGUUGCUGUGUGUAUGUGUAUGUGUGUGUGU